CUCCGGUUGCCAUCUUUUAGUUUCGUUACUUUUGUUUGGUGUGGUCACAGUGAUCUUUGCGUUGGUCGCAGAGUAUCUUUGAGUUUCUUUGUCAGACCAGAUUUUGCUUUGUUGGUUUCGCUGGAUAGAUCGAGAGAGGAAGGGACGAUUGUUGAUGGAGACAAAUCUUUGCUUUAUUACAUUCACUGUAGAAAAUGGGAGAGGAAGGAAGGUCUGUUGAUGGAGACAAGUCAUUGCCCUAUUCCUUACACUGCAAAGAGUUUGGGAGUCGGGAGAAGAAGUGCAUACUCACUCCUUAGAGAGUGGCUGAGGGAGAAAGGAAGCCAGGUAGUUCUUAUAUUUGAGGCAGUUCAUUUAACCUACCCGCGUUGCCACUGUACACAUUUCUACUCUCUUUCUGUUGAUUUUCAUUUUUUAGGAUUGGAUUGAGAGAGUAGAGAAACCAUCUUACAAUCCCUCUUUUCCCUCUCUUUCUCUCUCACUUUCCUAUAUGUGCUGGGUUUCUCUCAUCAUGGUUUGGGAGAUGAGCCGAUCUCAAAGCGAUCAUGUGCGAGUUUGAGAAGAUGAGAGAGAGAGAAUUCAAGGAAUGCCCAGAUGCACAGGUUAAUUAUGGUUUCUUCCAUCUCUAUAUCGAUCAUGAAUUUGUUCUUUUUUUCAUGGGUUCGUUCAUAGUAAGGAUUUAUUUUGAUUACUUUUCCGUUCCGUUGAGAUUUCGCACAAUGAGGCAAACGGUGAGGAGUUGAUUGAUCUGAUGUUGUUAAGGAUGGUGUGGGUAACAACAGGGGUUUGGAGUUCCAGAAAGAGUCGUUGGAAUUCCGGUGAGGUUUGCUUCUUAAUCCCCUUUUGUGUUUCUUGCAUAUAUAUUUUUGUCGAAUCCUCCCCUUAAAUAACAUUCAUGUUUUUGUCUCUUGCAGAUGAUAAUCUGAUAGAUUAUCUGAAUCGAUGACUUCCAUGGCUAUGAAGCCAUCGGCGUCAAGUUAUCAAACUUCCCAAAGUUGUAAACAGAGGAUUCAGUUUAAGACCCUAAUCUACAGAAAAGAGUGGAACUCUAGGUUGCUCAAUGGAUUUGAAAGGUACAGAGAGUGUUCACAGAAGUGCAAAUCCAAAGACAACUUGAGCUCAUUUGAGUCGAGGAUUUUCCUGCAUCUUUGACGGUUCAAAUUAAUCGAGGAGUCGAUUCAUUGCCUCUGAACUCAACCUGUCAGUUAGGGUCGGGAAAGUAGACCAGACCGUUUGAAAAACCAUGGUCUAAACUGGACCACACAUUUCGGUACGGAAUGUAGACCGUUAAGUAUGGUCUGGUCUGGUCUGAUACAUUGUCUGUAUUAUAUGAUGUUUUGAUUUAUUGAUCUGGUCUGUCUAAACCGCGGUUUAACAGACCAAACCGUGGACCCAGCAAACUUCUCAAUAUGUGUUAGCAACCCACUAGACCACUCUCUCAACUCCCACAACGAUACCCAAGUCUCAAUCUUAAUUUUGAGAAUCUCGUCCCCCUCCUUCAUUCACAACCACAUUUCACUAGAGAGUAGAAAUGAUCAUGUCUCCAUAUGACAUUAUGUAAAUGUUUAUGACGUUAUAGUGCAAGUUGGGAUGUUUUGACUUUCUAUAUUUAUUAUUUACUGAGUUUAUGGUGUCAAAAUUAUCCAUGCAUGUAGAAAUUUAAGUUUUAAGGAAAUAAAAUGGUUCAAUUUUUUGUGUGGUUGACUAAUUAAAUUGUUCAUUUUUCGUUCAUUGUGUUCUAUCUAGACCAAUCCGGACCAGACCAGACCGUACAGGCGUGGUCUGAUUCAGACCAUAUAGUCUGUGGUCUGGUCUGUGGUUUAUACUCUAACCUUUCGGUCUGAACCAUAGACCGCAUAUAUGAUCCGGUCUAGACCAAACCACACCGUUUCCCAGCCCCUACUGUUAGUCGUUAUGUUUCCUUAUCUUCCUUAUUUGGUCAAUCUCUCUCCCAUGAGAGUUGCUUUCUGUUUUCAGUAUUUCUUUGGUUGGUUGUAGGUUCCAAGUCGUCAUCCAUACCUCAAGAAUUAUAUAUGUAAUCAUUUCUUUUUCCCCUCUUGCUACUCAUCUUUUUGUGUUGUAUUCAAACCUUACAGUUGCAGACUUGAAGUUUGUUUUCCCCCAAUUUUCGACUCUGAUUACUACUGUCGAGAGCAAAAACAAGCUAUGUUUUUUACCAUUGCGUGACUAAAACAUGGGUCAGCAAUAUAACUGUAGUUGGUUGCAGAAUUAUCAAGCCAGUAGCAGGCAUUUGAAUUUUUUUAUGGUUAGGUCUUCGAAGUUGGCAAAGACUAUUUCGAAAGGUUUUGAAUCCCUUUCACAUGGAUUUUCCUUCUUUUUCAUAGUAUCCCAUCUUUAUGUAUGUUGAUGUAUGACGUCUACUUAUGACGUCCACAAAUUGUAAUAUAUAUUAAGUUCAGUUUAUGCAUUGGAUUGGCAAGCAUGUAUAUCAAAGAAUAUGUGAUGUUCAAUUCCACAUUUCAGCUUAUAAUAAAUUUCUUAACUUUUA